AUGGAUAAUCCACGAAUUGGAUCAUUAAACUCUCUUGCUGAUUAUGGACUCGGUGAGAGUGAUAUUGAAGAUUCUGAUGACGAAGUACAAGACGAAGAUAGUCGAGUCAAAGUGAUUCCGGCUAGACCAGCUUCAAAUCCUGCAGCUCAGGCAAGAGUGAAAACAAGUAAGUUUUGUCAAGUUUUAGUUGGGGAUAGUCAUGUAAAAGGAUGUUACCAGUAUUCCGUCUAGAUGAAAGGCUUUUACAAAUCACCAAGAUAAAAGUUACAUGUACUUCGGGCGCCAAUACUUGAUUCGAAUUGUACUUGUUAUAUACCUGCCAACUCUCACGUCUUAGGCGUGAGUCUCACGCCUGCGGGUUGAAAACUUCGAUCUCACGCCGGCUCACGCUUGCGGGCCAAUUUCUCACGCCUGAUUAAAAAAUCUGAGUUGUUGCCGUCUUGCUUGACACAAUUUCCAAAAAUAUGUUAACUCAGACCCAUGUAAGGAACGAAAACCAUGUGUAAAAUGAAUAAAUGACAAUACCUUCCUCGCGAUCUUUGAUUUUUGAAGUGAAAAGCACUGGGAGCAAGCUCGCGUCUAUACGUGUCCUAAGACUGGGACUCGAUAACUUCGGCUUCGGCAGACUUCAGACGUCUUCGGAAGACUUCUGACUUCUUCUGGAAUCUUCGGAAAUGAUCGUGUCAUCUUCAAAAAUCCCAGCACUCCCAGGAUAAAAAUCUCACGCUUAUAUCUCAGAAAAAGUUGGCAGGUGUAUUGUUAUUAAGGCCAGUGUUAUGCAAUUCACCAUAAUAGCUAACUAAGCACAGUACUCCAAACUAAAACGACACAAAAAACACUUUAUCGCUGAUUAUUCUGCUGUAGUGUCAACAACAACAACAAACAACCACAAUCUUUAUUGUGCUCUUGGUACAAAAGUGUAAAGACUUUAAAAGGAAAUAAUUGUGAAAAAAGAGAGCACAGCCACUCAGAAAUAGCAAAAGCUAAUCGCGCUGAGUGACAUCCUCAUUUUAUUGUCUCAAUAUGUUUUACUAACUUGCUUCUUCCUUGCUAAGGUGCCCGCCUGGUAUCAUAUGAUGAUGAAAUAGCGGAUGAGGAUGAGGGAGAAGGAAAAAAAGACACUAAGGUGAUGUGCUAACCUGAGAGAACAGCCCACAUUUCCCAUUGUUACCACUGGUUUCCCUGCAAAAUAGUGUCUGAGGAACAAGCGCAGAAAUUCCACACUGAUGAUGUGACGCUAACUAGAUCCAAGUAGAGCUUCUGCUGCUUCUGUUUGGUUAAAAGUUUGCUUCAGCUAAUCAGAUAGUUACUGUAUAUUUAUUUGAUGGUCCUGCUUAGUGUCCCACCCUGAAAGAUCAGUAGUUUGUUGGUGUUGCCCAAUGGUGCAAUCACAAAAUGUGUCAUACUGUACAAAAGUUUGAAGAGACACUUAACAAUACUGUUACCUCACAACAACAAGUAAAAAGCCCUAGGAUUUCACCAUAACGAUCAUUUCCAGUAUUGUGUCGUUACCAUGAUCUUAAAAUAACGGAAGCGGAAAAUAGUUUCCCAGUGACAUGUCCUGAUAUAUUCAGACCAGGCCAUCUGAUAUUACACGAUGGUGCGAUUUCACAAAAUUGACCUCAAAUCGCAUCCAAUCACAGAAUUUGAAGAAAAUUGCAUAAUUCAUCAAAAAAUGCUAAAUUCAAGUAAAGUAAACAAUGAAUUCUAACUUUAAUUAAACAUUUUCCCAAUCUUAAUGUUUUUUAAGGUGAUUUACCACAAAAGAAAGCCUUGCAAGGCAUCUGAAACCUUCGAUCACGGUAUCUGGGCAGCCAUUUUGGUUUCAGAGACAAGCAGUGUGGUCACCGGUGUAACGGUGUCAUGUGUAAUGACAAAUUAAAAGCACAGUUUUGUGUAAUAUUAAGCAAGUGUCCCUUUUCUUUUCCGGGUUAAAAUAAUCGGACAAAUUUAACUAUUUCGUUUAAAAAUAGAUGUUUUAUUAUUCCUUUAUAUUCAAAUUGCCUGUUCAACAACAUUAAAGUGGUUUUUCUCCUUUGAAACCUGGUAAUACAAUGUAAAUUAGCUCUGAAAAAAUCACAUAAUUUAUCACAUAAUAGUCCUAUUUUAUCACACAAUCUACCCUAAAAAUAUCGCACAAUUUCUCAUUUUUUAUCGCACUCUAUCAGAUGGCCUGUCAGACUGAGGGAUUAAAAUACACAAGUAUAGUAUUUUUCCACUUGGAUUCUUAACUGGCACAGCAAUUCUUUAUGACUCAGCUUGUGUAAAGACAAAAUUUUAAAAAAGGUUCCUUUUUUUAUCGUCCACCAUCUUGAAUCGUUCAAAGUGCAUUGCAUGUUACUGAUGACUCGCGCAUGAAAUAUGUUUUACAGUUAGCAGCAGCGAUUGUUAUGGCUUCCAGUGCCCAGAAAAAAAAUGGCUCCAAAAGUUUAAAAACAAUUAGAAGGAAGUCUUUCAGUGACAAUUUCACUGUUGAAACUGAUGAUGAGGCCUGAAUCUCAUUAUGAAAAGACAAGAUCUGUAGCGAACAUUUCAAGUGAGAAUGCUUACUUCUUUAGUUGAAUUGAAGAGGAGUCUGGAGUUUUUGACAGUAAAGUGCACACACAUUUAACACAUUUAACAUUGACAUUCUUCUGACAUUUUCAAUAGACAUUGAAGUUUUUUGUAAAUAAUAAGUACACACUGAUGUUCUUUAAUUUAAAAGUAUGUUUAACUACAUGUUUCCAGGAAACAGAUACUGAACUGAAAAAUGAAAUAAAAGUGGGUUCCUAUGAAUUUUCACAGAACUAAAAAAUUAUUACCGAUAGUUUCCCAUGAUCUCUAGCCACAGAACCAAAAAAUUGUUGUCCAUGGAAUUUGAAAUCCUAGGGCUUGAAGUAACCAAUAAUUCAAUGCAAGAAAAUACCCAAGAUAUUACUUAUUAAUAUUUUUGGAUGUCUUUUUUUGGAAUAAUAGGAAAGUGGAAUAUUGGCGGAGACACAAGAGGACACCACAGACAAAGAAAAAGGUAUGAUCUUAGUGAGUAACCAAGACAUAUCAAUAAUUGAUAUGUCUUGGUUACUCACUAAGAUCAUUAUAGGUAAUUAUUACUGUACCUAUCAAUUUACAUUUUGUAUGAUCUUGCAGUGAUUUUGUUACAAAUAAUUAUGGUGAGUCCUGUGACUCAUCUGGUGAAAAAUCAUGAGUCCCAGUCCCAGAACCAUUGAGUCCCAGUUCAAAAAAAUAAUAAUAAUAUUGCAUCUUUGGGGAUAUUUAUGCAUCAGGGAUGCAGGACGCAGAGGUAACAAAAUUACUGUCUUGUAAGCCUACUUGAAGCUGAUAUUGUACAAAAUAGUAAAGACUGGGUCCUGAAUUGCAGUUAAGUUUGAGUAUUAGGCUAUAUCAAGAAUUUUCACUGUCACGUAUGUGGAGAAAGUUGAAUUAAUUAUUCAGGGCUCAAAAUUAAAAAAAUGAUCAAGUCACCUUUUGGCGACCAACUGGAGAAAUAUAGUCGCUAGAUGCAAAUUUUUAGUCGCCAGUUUGUAUAAUGUAAAUGACGCAGCUUAUAGUAUCAGGGCUUCUGAUAUAUAGCAUGGGGAUGCGAAAUUCAGGUAAAUCUGCAAAAUCCCGCAAAAGUCACUAAAGCAUGCAAAAUGCUCCAAAAUUCACUGGAAAAUUUAACGAAUACAUGUCGAUACAACAUAUUUGAAACUUAUCACGGCUAUUGGGGUUGUUUAACUGCCGUAAACUUGCAAAUUUAUCUUGAAAGUUCAUCACCACAACAAGCAAACAAGGUCCCAAAACUACCAAGCGUAAAUUAUGUUGCAAAAAACUGGGCACUAGUCAUGAUGCUAAAAGCUUUGCCAUUGGCUAAUUUCUCAAGUGCUUUGUUUUUCAAGUAGCAAAUGAUAAUCUCUGUUAAAAAAGAUUAAACACACUCGUCAAAUCAGCAUAAAAUCAAUCGAUUUCUAGCAAAAUUUGCCCAGAAAAUUGCCACAAAAUUGGCCGUUUUUUGCCGAUUGUUUAUCGGCAAAGUUAGCCCUGAAAAUUUCUGCGAAUCUGUCUCCAAAAAUCCCACAAAAAUUUGACUUUUUUGAAAAUGCCACGGACAAAAGUUGGUAUAAAUUUGGAGGUAAACUGGCUUUAUUUAUGCACUUGGCACAUUUUUUAUUAUGAAAGCAAAGUAAGAUAAGAUAAAUCAUAGAGAAAUCUGGUCACCAAAGUGGCAACUAAACCAGAAUUUUUAGUCGCCAACUGAAGGAGAAAAUUUUAGUUGCAUUGGCGACUGUAUCAGUCGCAAUUUCGAGCUCUGUUAUUGCACAACUUAAUUGUCAAACUCAAGUGUACUUUGUCAAGAUAGUUUUAGAUAAUCAUCAGAGUGCAAAGAAAGUCAAUUUUACAGCUUGCCAUUCGGGCAAGCUGUAGCUAGAAUGUACUAGUCCAAGAGUCACUUUAACUAGCCCGAAAAAUUUUUUUGAUGAGCAGGACUGAUUACGGUUCUUCUAUAAUAUGAAUUCCUCAAAAAACUUUACCUGCCCAUCAGGCAAUUUGAGAACAGAAUUCACAGCCCAGUAGCAAAAUCCACUAGCCCCUUGGCUAUCAGACACCAGUUUCUUUGCACGCUGAAUCAUGAAUUAUUGCCAUAUCAAGUGAUGAUUCCAUUGCUGCCUGUUUCUAUUUUUUUUGGUUUAUUUGUUUCCUUUUUUUUAUUGUCAGUUCCAAGUACAAACGAUAGCUCUGAAGAAAUGACAAUCACUGAACCAUUGGCUCCUGAGCCUGAGGUACAAUGUAAAUUGGAGUGUACUUGUUAAUUAGGACUUUUUAUAAUAAAGAGACAUUGCAUGAUUAUUAUUAUUAUUAUCGCGUCACAGAAAUAGAGCAAGGCACGUGGGAUGACUGACGAAUGCUUCUGAUACCACUCAACAUUAGCCAAGCUAUUAUCUUCAAAAAUGCAGGAGAGCUACACCACAAUUUCAAGGGUCAGGGCGAAAGUGUCCUUUGCAAUUUUACGUAGCGCACUCCUGUGCCUAAGGGGAUCGAGAACCUCGAGAAGGAGGAACUUAGAUGUUAAGGACAGGGAUCUAGAAAAAGAGAAGGGUCAAGCAGGACUUCCCUAGACUCAACAGCUAUAGAUACUUUAUUAUUGGGAUGUACAUAGAAAUUUUAUUUUGUUAGUUUAUAGACAGUUGUUUACAUUUGCGCUGUUGAAAACCACCAGACCACCAAGAAGUCUUUUUUAACUAUAGUUAUACUAAAUUAAUUUUGUAUUUAAUUUUCAAUUUGAGAAGAGCUUCAUAAAGUUUGUUUCUUUUUUAUAUUUAAAUUAUUAUUAUUAUUAUUAUUAUUAUUAUUAUUAUUAUUUGAUGGUUAAAGACUGAUUGUGAAAGCUUUAUGACAAAUAAACACAUACUGGUACAUGUAGAUCAGAAUUUCAGAUAAUUAAUAUUAUGAUAACCAACUUAAAAGAGAAUUUCAUUUCCCAAUAAUUUUUACACCCUAUCAGAGGGCCUUAUAAACUGGCUGUAUAUCUGUGUAGUGGUGGAUAAAUUCAAAUUUAUAACACAUAAGGAAUAGCCCCAGUAUUGAAAAAUUUCAAGUCCCUACAGUCUGCAAAUUUGUUUGUUCGCCAGUGUGACCAAACAAGAAGGUUCUUAUCCUGGUAAUGUUCAAACGGAGCACGAAAGAAAAGGACAAUGACAACCUUAGCAGCAGCAGAAAGUUUAUAAGAUGUUAACGUUUUAUGUUGAAAUGAAAACAUAACUAAAUUAAUGUACUUGUAAGCAUUGAGACGAAUGAUAAUACCAACAAGCUUACUCUCUUACAUUAAUUAAAUGGUUGUUGAGAGGAAAGGAAGUCAUAAAUGCAUAAAAAAUUGUCAGAUUUACUUUUACCUGUACAUGUAGGCCAUUAACACCCCUCCAGUGAGCUUCUGAAAUUUUACCCAGCAGGGUUUUUGUGAAGAGUUCUAGUAAUGGAGUAAGGUGUAACGUUACAGGAGAAUAUUUUGAAAGAGGCUCCACAUCUGAAUAAAAAAUAGUCAUAGGCUACCGAACAUCAGCCGAAGAAUUCUGCACCUGUCAGUAAACAGUGAAUUCUCUGAUCUUCAGUGCCUAUUAAUGAACACCCUGACUCAGAGUGUUAAGUUGGAGUAUUAAAUCAAAUUCAUCCCACUAGGCUUAACUCUCAGCAUCUUGUUGCUUAUUCUCUAUGACUGCAACAUAACUGAAUGCUAAAAUUUGCAAUUAUAAUUAUUACCUCUAAUAUAUUAUUAAAAUCUUCAGGUAGCUGAUGCUGAAAAUACUGCACCUGAAGAAAAAAGUUCCGAAACAGGUAAAAUAAGUGACCAAAAUUGACAUGAUUGUUACCAAUGUCCUUUACAAUGUUAAGGGGUGUUAUUGACCAAGAGGAAGGUCUACAUGGCUGUUAUUAGCCAAGCUGCUUUUUGUGGUGUUACAAAUAUGUGCACGAACAGUUAUGUAGACGUGUGGACUGAGAAGAUGUUGAGAAAAGUUUAGUCGAUAAAACUCAGUCAAUAAAGGAUUUACAAUUUAGUAUUGAUAGUCAUCUUGAUCAAAAAGGUAAGUCAAUAAAGGCCAGUAAUUAAAAGAAUUUAUCUUUUUUAUUAUUUCCUGUGGAAGAAAGUGUGUUGUUGCGAGUGAAGAAAAUAGGCCCAUUUGACCUACUUGGGUAGCUUAAUAAUUCAGGAUUCACCCAAUCUUGCCAGCUUGCCGGCCACGUAUUUAAAAAUACGUUUUUCUCUCCUGCCACUGCACGUGGAUGAUCUAGAUGAUAUGAGUUAAAGGUUGCAUCCGCUCAUAUACAAUGUCGUGUUCUAUAAACUUAACUUUUCACUACUUUUAUUACCACAUGGGAGGUCAUACAAACUGUAUUAAUAUGGCAUACUAAUUUAUUAUAUAUGUUGCAGUUAAUUUUUUUUAUUUCAGUUAAUUUUUGUUUUUCCUUUGUUUUAAAUUCAUUAGCGUGCAUUACCAUACCCAAAAACAGUGGAAAAAUAAAAAUUAGCUGAAUUAAAAAAUUAACUGCAGCAUAUACAGCACAUACUGGGAUAUGCUUAUGAAAAGCUAUGUUAUACACAAUUAAGUUCUAGCCAAUCAGAAUCACGAGCAAUGUUUUUGCACUUGUGUGAGAAAUGGUACUUCCAAUCAAAAGCCACAGUGGUGCAUGCCACUUGCAGUGGUCAUGGACAGUUCUGUGGAGUGUACAUAAUUUUUUUUUAUUUAUUAUAUGCAGACUUGCCAUUUGUUAAUCUGUCCAUGUUCUUGUUUACUACAUCCAUAUGAAAGUCUUUUCCUUGUUAUUUUAGCAGAAGAUUCUGAUGUUGCUGUGAAAUCAAAACCAAUUCCAGCAAUAACAAUGCCUCAGUUGCCGCCUGAACCCACUGGCCGAUGUUCUAACAAACUUCAGGUAAUUCUCUUCACUGACUUACAAAAUGUAUUUUGUUGUCCGUUAAAGGUUAAAAUUGAUUAAAAUUGAAUAUGGUUUCUUCUUUCUUCUCCAGGAAAAAAUAAUUGAUCUUUUAGAAAAGAAGCACAGAAAAAAUCUUGACUUAAAUACCAACAUACAGAACAGAAAAGAUUUUAGAAACCCAAGGUGAGCAGGGGGGAAAUGUUGAUUGAUAUUGGUAUGAUUUGUUGAUUUGUGAAUGAGGUUUGUGAAGAUCUUUGUAUGGCUUCUCCAGUCUGAACAAGUUCCAGUGUCUGUUCAUGUGGAGUGACAUAUGUAUAUGUAACUCAGUUUGUAAUUCAGUACAUUAUAUUGAUUUUACUAAACCUUUGAAAUAGAUAACAGACUAAAUUGUACCAUGCUGUUACAUGUAUACGUUCAUUUCAUUUUUUUCUUUUGGUUACUAUACAUGUAGCUAUUUGUCACUUUUUAUUGCCCUUUCAUGGGUUUAGUAGAACCACUCUAAAAAAUAAUAAUGCUUUGUUUCAGUAUUUACAAGAAGCUUCUGUCAUACCUUAAUCUGGAUGAAACAGGCAGUAAUUACCCUAAGGUAUUGAAUCAACUUUUUGUCAUGUUUACCUGAACCAUAAUUUCGUGUGUUUUGUUUGUAGAUUAGAUAUUUGUGACAAAUGUAGUUGAAAAAAGGGAAUUUAAGAUACAAUGUCAUGUAUGACAUCUUAGCUAGAAAUUACUCUAACAGUUGGAUGAACACCACCAAAAUAAUGCUGCUCUGCUAAUUUAGUAGAAAUUAAGUUGUAGCUAAUAACUAUAAAGUUAAUUUCCUGCUUGUUUGGGUUGACAAUUACUUUAUCUAUAGCAUGUUAUCUUCUCAAUGUUGCAUUGUGCUUGCAUGCACUACACAAAAUAAUUGUAUGCUUUGGAUCCUAAGAAGGUCCUUGAUGACUUGUCCAGCCAUACAGUAGGUCUUCAAUGUACAGUGUAUUUAACAAUUAUUCUGCCAGCCCGAAUGGGCUAUUGACUCAGAGGCCAUGAGGGCGAGAGGAAUAAUAAUGUUUUAGUAAAAUCCAACUAGUUGGUCAAAAAAAUCGAGAAUAAAAAAAAUUUAGCUAGUUAAAAGCUAGACUUUGAUCCUUUUUUGCCGCCAAAAAGCCCGCCCUUUUCACUACUAGGGGGCUAUAACAUAUAGCCUAGUAGUAGCUCAACCAAUCAGAACGCAGCAAUGAUAAUAGACCACUAGUUUGAUUUUACUAAAGUCUUUUAUCUCAAAUUCUCUAAUAACAGAAAAAAUACCAUAGCACAUGGUCAUGACAGAUUGAUGUUCAUUAAGGUGUUUCAAAGGCAGUUCUAAAAGUGUGUGACAAUAGAGAGGAGAAGUCGUUACAUCACGUUGCCAUGGUGGCGUAAAUUUAAAUGACAACCAACCGAAAACUUCACUUAAAAAAGUGAAUUUGCACUGCUUCAAACUUCAUCGAUCUCAAUUUUAUUUAAUUUGUGAAAUGUUUGCGAAAUUUUCUGGGGUUGAAUCCGAAAGGACCAUAUCUAAGUUUAGAAAAAAAAAAUACAAUUUCUGUCUUGCGUUCACUUGCCCCAUAAAGUGAGUGUGUAAAAUUAGGAAGUUUCAUGUCGCAGCGGUGCAACGAUGGAAAAGAAUUAUGCAAAGAGCGUGAUGAACGUUCUCCUUGUUGUCUCCGUCAUCGUUGGUUUUGUUUUCAUCCAGAAAUAAUAGUGCUACCAUGGUAAUGUGACGUCACACCUCUCCUCUCUAUUCAACAAAAUUUAGAAAAACAAUGAACCAAUACAGCCUGGUAACCAGGCCAGUUCGCGCUAUCCGAGUUACCAGAGGAGGCUUGGAACCGAGUGCGAUAGCAAACUUUCCCGACAAGCUUGACAGGUGAUGUCACAUCUGAAAUCGCCGAGGACGACUGGGAACGAGGCUUGAACCAAUAGACAUUUUUACCGAUACGGUGGCCAUAUUGAACUCACUACAUUUAAGGAGUAUUAUGGGAUGCCCAGGGGGCACUCGCUAAGUAUUUACGCGCGCUUUUCGGGCAAAAAGAGAACUUCACUGUAUAUUUCCCUGGAAAAAGGCACUCAUUAUUACAUCCAAACACGGCACAACGAUCUUUUUUUCCCAUUGCAAUCUUUUUCUAGGAAACCUUAAAGAAAACAUAGCCCGAAAAGCGCGCGUAAAUACUGAACGAGUAUAUUGGCACGUGCUCAUGCCCCCAGGGCAUCCCAUAAUACUCCUUAAAUCCAAGUAAUUCAAUGUGGCCGCCGUAUCGGUAAAAAGGUCUAUUCCGAUUAGUAAAGCAUGAACCUAUGCCGCAAUACUAUGCAAGGUUUUUAUUAUAGUUGCAUAUUUGCUAGUAAGAAUGGUUUGUUAACUCAGUGUGUGUGUGUUUUUUUCUCUUGAUGUAGAGCUUGUUUGACCCCACAUGUUGGACAGAGGAGUCGUAUUAUGAAAAUUUAUGUACGUACAAGUAAAUUCAUUUAUCGUUUUGCCUUGGUGAGAAGUCACAAUGUUAUUGUUGAAUUUUUAUCCUUGAUUUUUUAAAUGGAAUUUAAAAAUUUUAUUUUUCUUUGUUUUGAGCAUGCUUAUGUAUAACUACAGUCCUUCCUAUUCAAACUUACGUUAAUGUGGAAGAUCGUAAUAUAUUACACUUACUUACGUUGUAAGACAUGUCCUGAGUUCAAACAAUUCAGUUACUGAGUGACCAGUUUGCUUGUCGUUUUAUUUGCUUGGCCUUCUUGGGACUCUGUAGUACUGAUUUUUUUCGUUCUUAAUUUAGCCAAAGUUCAGAAAGAAGCAUAUGAAAAAAAGGAAAAAGAAAAAGCAAAGCAAGCAAGGACACAUGUAAGUUGUUUAUAGUUAACUUACAGGCUAGAAAUGUUCGUGAGAUUUUAUUGAACCAGUUUCUAAUCUUGAUGAAGAAUCAAGCCGUUAGCUGAUAUCGAGUUAAUUUUUUCUCUUGAAGGUGGAAUUUUUGUCAGGGACCAAGAAACCAACUCAAGGUGAAUGUUGAAACCUUUUUUUGCGAUGGUCAAUAGUAGUAAGCGACUCACACCUGUAGACCUAGUUGAACGGGAUGUAGUCUUGAAAAGGACCGGUAACUGCCUGCAACAGUCUUACAUGCGACCUACAGCUGUACUGAUAUUACUUGUCGCCUGGGUUCAAAUCAUUUUAUACGGUUACCGGUCGUUUCGAUACAAGUUCUUUAGUCAGGGUGUAAAAAGGUUCACGACGUCCUUGGCUUAAAGAACGAAGAAUAUUCACCCAAGACGUUUUUCUUGUUCACGAACAAACUAUACUUGAAGUGAACGACAUUUUUGUGCAGUUUCACUGCUUAAGUUCGUAUCGAAACAACUUGUAUCAAAACGACCGGUUUCCUUGUAUCCAUUUGUUACAAAGUAAUGACUUGUUGCCCACUAUUCAGCUGGAUGAAGGCGAAAGGUUAGUCCCGAAGCAGUAAACAGACAUAAGAGUCUGCCUAAGGCAAAUCCAGCCUCAGAUCUCAUUUGGUGCCAAGCCUUCCUUUCAAGUGCAUCCAGAAAGCAAGGAAAUUGAAUUUUUGUUAUGGUAUCGCUUUAUCAAAACGCGCUUUAUCUAAAACGCUGCCAACUGUAUCGUCUAGAUUUAAUUUACAGCCAAACACAAAGCCUAGUAAUAAAUCCUCUUCGUUCCAAGUGCCCUAUACAUGUAUCUUUCUCCCUCGAACCUGGGAAAUAAGGUUAAUGUGAUACAAAAGACGAGCGAUAAAAGAGGAGGAGUGCACGCAUAAGCGUCAUUGACUUACGUUCUUUCCCGGUUAUUUUAUGACCAGCUCAGGGGCCUGUUUCUCGAAAUUCCCGGUAACUUUUCGGGUAAAAUAGAAAAUUGCUGGUCCUAGCGAACAAGCAAGUCCAUCUCAAUUUGUUAACUGAUAGUUCUUGUCAUGUUAUUUGCAGAAAUAUUUAAACCUCUAUCUUGAAUGUAAAGAACAACAACUUGCCGGGUCCGUGUCGGUUGUUCGAGAAGCAGGCCCCUGGUGAUGGAAACUUUGACCUCCCGCUCCACAGAACAGCGCUAACUACGUAUCAAAGCUACUCUUUUUGCGAUGAAUGAGAAAGCUAACAAAUAAGAAACUAGCUCCAUCUUUGUUUCAAAAACCGCUCUAAAACAGAAUAAACCGAGGAAAAAAAAAGUAAUUUGCGCAACCUCGCGUCAUUUUCAAACUGCAAGUUUCCUUCUUUAUUCUCCUCUUUAUAGGCGAGGAGCCAAAGAAGCGUAAAAGCAAAUGGGAUGUGAGCGUAGUACCUGCUGCUGCUCCUGUCAAAACUGCGACACCGCCCACCAGGGUGGGAGGCCUGGGACCUAGUGUUACUGCUGCUGUUGAUCUAACAUCUGCUGCCAAAAAGCCUAAAAUAGUGUCAUGACGAUACUUUUGCAUUUCAAACAGCUUUCCUUCGAGAUAGCUACUUAUUGUGUUUAUACGUAAAUGGCUAUUGUAUCUUAAAAUAAUAAAUGUACA